AUGAACAAAGACAGUACGGAAUGUAAGCAGCAUGCAGAGGCAAGUCCUUUGAGAAAGGGUGGAUCAUUCGAGGAAGAGAAGGAAGAAAUGGCCUCUGAUGAAGUGGGCGCUUCUUCGCUACCAGUACCACCAACACGAGUGGGAGCUUUUCCGGGGUCAAGGACUGCUUACAAGGAACGAAAGAAAGCUUCCAAAUCUUCUGCUACUAGUAGUGUGGCUAGUAUUGAUAGUACCAAGAGUGCCAUGAAAACCAAAACAGGACGUGGUCUCCGAAAGAAGCAAAGCAAAGACCAAAAAGGAGUACGCAGCGACAGCGAUAACGCUGUUCCCGGCACAGCAGUUGCAGUGGAAGGAAUUCGUAGCGUCGGAGAUGUCUCUGCUCCUGGCACAGCAGCGGCAGGAGCACGCAGCGACAGCGACAUGUUUGUUCCUGGUACAGCAGUGGAUGUCGCAAAAACCGCUGAUAACUCGAGUGUCACCCUUAAUGGGGAAGACCCUGCCACAGGCCAAGAUGCGUUAAAGAUGGAGGCCAGCGAAAGCGGUGGCAGUCAAAAAAGGCAGGAAGCGGAUGACAACACAUUGGACGACGAGAAGGAUUAUCCUCAUCUGUUGGAAGCUGUGGCGGUGGAGGAACUAGAGCUAGCAGUUGCCAUCCAAGUCGAUUCUGAGGAUCCUCAACGACGAACCCUGUGGAUUGCAGUAGGAAUAUGCUUUGUCCUCAUUACUAUUGGAAUCGCAGUGGGCAUAUGGGCAGGAGUGUCAGCCAACAAACCGACUGAAGAUCCAAGUCUCAUGCCCAGUCCAGCACCCAGUAGCUCAUCGUCUCCAUCCCAGGCGCCAAGCCAACACCCUAGUUACAGUGCGGCACCGUCCACAUCCCCUUCAUCCCAUCCCUCUGGUUCACCAAGUCAAAGUCCGACGGAGGUCAGCUUCUUUCUUCCGGAAUACACACAAAGAACCAUUUCGCUCGAUACAAACGGAACCACGCCCCAAGCAAAGGCCAUGGAUUGGAUUUUGCUACAUCCACAAUUUUCAACCCUUCCCCAAUGGCAAAGGCGACAGCUGUUUGCGUUAGCGACAAUGUACUAUAGUACAUCUGGUGACGUGUGGGGAAACCAACAGACUUUUUGGUUGCGAAAUGAUGUUUCCGAGUGCUUUUGGAAUGGGGAGAACCAGUGUGAUGGCUCUGGCAGAGUGAGUGCCCUUAAGUUGAACGAACUCUCUGGUAGCCUUCCCCCAGAGAUUUCCCUGCUGGCGUCAUUAUCAACUUUGACUGUGUCACCCGGCGGACUUUCCGGUCCUCUACCCACAGAAAUCGGACUUUUUGCCUCACUUGCAACCCUAGAUUUGAGUUUAAACCGUAUUUCGGGAUCCAUUCCUUCGGAGGUGGGUUCAAUGCUCAACCUUACCGGUCUGAUGUUGGGAGAAAACAAUUUCCAAGACACCUUACCGUCAACGCUGCAGGGUAUGACUUCCCUUGAGGAACUCAACUUGGAAGGAAACAAUCUAUCUGGGAGCAUUCUAUCAGAGUUGGGUCUGAUGACCUCCUUGCGCCUUUUGAGCCUUGGAAGCAACAAUCUAACUGAUGUGGUGCCAUCGGAGCUCGGACUAUUGAGUCGCCUAAAGGAACUUUCGUUGGAGCGAAAUAUUCUAUCUGGAAGAUUACCGUCCCAGCUUGGCCGUUUGGAAUUGCUGACCCGAUUGGACAUUCACAGCAACCCACGUUUGGAAGGGACUAUACCCUUACCUUGGGUUGGUAUGAUAUCCAUGGAAAAUUUGAAUCUACUCAACAAUGCACUCUCUGGUACGGUACCAAAGGGCAUGUGUGCCAUCCGGCCCAUUUCCAUCAUUCGUGUGGAUUGUAAUGUCAAUUGCACCUGUGCUGAAUGCUCUUGUCUCCAUGAGGUGGUGGUCGAAGGAACCUUUGAGUUUGGGUUGUUUCCUGAAGCAACCAUUCGCCCCCCAACAGGUUCUGAAAUUGACGGCUUGAUGAACGAAACGCGCCGAUUUUAUACCAAUCUAUUUCGAGGUGCCAUUGACGAAUUUCCCUCGUUUGCCUCAAUUGAAGCCGAGUUCGUUGGUUUCCGCUUUGAAGAGACUGCUGAUUUGCCAUAUCAAAUAGAUGCCGACGUGACGGCAAAGUUCAGAUCCGAAUACGGGAUUCGACUGCCUUCGACUUUGGAUGCAUUUGAUUUAAUGCAGGCAGCAAUCUAUUUAGACUACAUUAUAAACUACGUUUGGAAGGCAACACCACCAAAAGGAAUUUUUGUGCUCACGCAAGAAUGUAGCUUCGCUGCAAGGGUUGCUUAG